CCUCCACCUUCUCUUCCUGCAUCCCCCCCUCCCCCGCCGCGGAUCCUGGCCGCUGCUCUCCAGACCCAGGAUGCCGGGGGGCAAGAGAGGGCUGGUGGCACCGCAAAACACAUUUUUGGAGAACAUCGUCAGGCGUUCCAGUGAAUCGAGUUUCUUACUGGGAAAUGCCCAGAUUGUGGAUUGGCCUGUAGUUUAUAGUAAUGAUGGUUUUUGCAAACUCUCUGGGUAUCAUCGAGCUGACGUCAUGCAGAAAAGUAGCACAUGCAGUUUUAUGUAUGGAGAAUUGACUGACAAGAAAACCAUUGAGAAAGUCAGGCAGACUUUUGACAACUACGAGUCAAACUGCUUUGAAGUUCUUUUGUAUAAGAAAAACAGAACCCCUGUUUGGUUUUAUAUGCAGAUUGCACCAAUAAGAAAUGAACAUGAAAAAGUGGUUUUGUUCCUAUGCACUUUCAAGGAUAUUACGUUGUUCAAACAGCCAAUAGAGGAUGAUUCAACAAAAGGUUGGACAAAAUUUGCCCGAUUGACACGGGCUUUGACAAAUAGCCGAAGUGUUUUGCAGCAGCUCACGCCAAUGAAUAAAACAGAGGUGGUCCACAAACAUUCAAGAUUAGCUGAAGUUCUUCAGCUGGGAUCAGAUAUCCUUCCUCAGUACAAGCAAGAAGCACCAAAGACGCCACCACACAUUAUUUUACACUACUGUGCUUUUAAAACAACUUGGGAUUGGGUGAUUUUAAUUCUUACCUUCUACACCGCCAUUAUGGUUCCUUAUAACGUUUCCUUCAAAACGAAGCAGAAUAACAUAGCCUGGCUGGUGCUGGACAGUGUAGUGGAUGUUAUUUUUCUGGUUGACAUUGUUUUAAAUUUUCACACGACUUUUGUGGGACCUGGUGGAGAGGUCAUUUCUGACCCCAAGCUGAUAAGGAUGAACUAUCUGAAAACUUGGUUUGUGAUCGAUCUGUUGUCUUGUUUACCUUAUGACAUCAUCAAUGCCUUUGAAAAUGUGGAUGAGGGAAUCAGCAGUCUCUUCAGUUCUUUAAAAGUGGUGCGUCUCUUGCGACUGGGCCGUGUUGCUAGGAAACUGGACCAUUACCUGGAAUAUGGAGCCGCGGUCCUUGUGCUCCUGGUCUGUGUGUUUGGACUAGUUGCUCACUGGCUGGCCUGCAUAUGGUAUAGCAUCGGGGACUACGAGGUCAUUGAUGAAGUCACAAACACCAUCCAAAUAGACAGUUGGCUCUACCAGCUGGCCUUGAGCAUUGGGACUCCGUAUCGAUACAAUACCAGUGCAGGGAUAUGGGAAGGAGGACCCAGCAAGGAUUCACUCUACGUGUCCUCUCUCUACUUUACCAUGACAAGCCUUACAACCAUAGGAUUUGGAAAUAUAGCUCCUACUACCGAUGUGGAGAAGAUGUUUUCAGUGGCCAUGAUGAUGGUUGGCUCUCUUCUUUAUGCAACUAUUUUUGGAAAUGUUACCACAAUUUUCCAGCAAAUGUAUGCCAACACCAACCGGUACCAUGAGAUGCUGAAUAAUGUACGGGACUUUCUGAAACUCUAUCAGGUCCCCAAAGGCCUUAGUGAACGAGUCAUGGAUUAUAUUGUCUCAACAUGGUCCAUGUCAAAAGGCAUUGACACAGAGAAGGUCCUCUCCAUCUGUCCCAAGGACAUGAGAGCUGAUAUCUGUGUUCAUUUAAACCGGAAAGUUUUUAAUGAACAUCCUGCUUUUCGACUGGCCAGCGACGGGUGUCUGCGUGCCCUGGCGGUGGAGUUCCAAACCAUUCACUGUGCUCCAGGGGACCUCAUUUACCACGCGGGAGAAAGUGUGGAUGCCCUCUGCUUUGUUGUGUCAGGAUCCUUGGAAGUCAUCCAGGAUGAUGAGGUGGUGGCUAUUUUAGGAAAAGGGGAUGUGUUUGGAGACAUCUUCUGGAAGGAAACCACCCUUGCUCAUGCGUGUGCCAACGUCCGAGCACUGACAUACUGUGACCUCCACAUCAUAAAGCGAGAAGCCUUGCUUAAAGUCCUGGACUUUUAUACAGCUUUUGCAAACUCGUUCUCGAGGAAUCUCACUCUUACUUGCAAUCUAAGGAAACGGAUCAUUUUCCGCAAAAUCAGUGAUGUGAAGAAAGAAGAGGAGGAGCGUCUCAGGCAAAAGAACGAGGUCACACUCAGCAUCCCCGUGGACCACCCUGUCAGGAAGCUCUUCCAGAAGUUCAAGCAGCAGAAGGAGCUGCGAAAUCAGGGAUCCACACAGAGUGACCCCGAGCGGAACCAGCUACAGGUGGAAAGUCACUCCUUCCAGAAUGGAGCCUCCAUCACCGGCACCAGUGUGGUGACCGUGUCGCAGAUCACACCCAUUCAGACAUCUCUGGCCUACGUGAAAACCAGCGAGUCCCUGAAGCAGAACAACCGCGAUGCCAUGGAGCGUAAGCCCAGUGGCGGUGCUGACCCUAAAUGUCUCAAAGUCAACAGCCCCAUAAGAAUGAAAAACGGCAACGGGAAAGGUUGGCUGCGACUCAAGAAUAAUAUGGGAGCCCACGAGGAGAAAAAGGAAGACUGGAAUAAUGUCACUAAAGCUGAGUCGAUGGGGCUCUUGUCCGAGGACCCCAAGGGCAGCGACUCAGAGAACAGUGUGACCAAAAACCCAUUAAGGAAAACAGAUUCCUGUGACAGUGGGAUUACAAAAAGUGACCUUCGUUUGGAUAAGGCUGGGGAGGCGCGAAGUCCGCUGGAGCACAGCCCCAUCCAGGCUGAUGCCAAGCACCCCUUUUAUCCCAUCCCGGAGCAGGCCUUACAAACCACAUUGCAGGAAGUCAAACACGAACUCAAAGAGGACAUUCAGCUGCUGAGCUGCAGAAUGACUGCCCUGGAGAAGCAGGUGGCAGAAAUUUUAAAAAUACUCUCAGAAAAAAGUGUGCCCCAGACCUCUUCUCCCAAAUCCCAAAUGCCACUCCAAGUACCUCCCCAAAUACCCUGUCAGGAUAUUUUUAGUGUUUCAAGGCCUGAGUCACCUGAAUCUGACAAAGAUGAAAUCCACUUUUAAUAGAGAUAUAUAUAUAUAUACACAUAUAUAUUUGUUAAUAUAUUAAAAGCAGUAUAUACGUCUAUAUACAUAUGUGUGUAUAUACAGUAUAUACAUAUAUAUAUAUAUUUUCACUUGCUUUCAAUAUGAUGAACACAAUAUGGAUUUUGAUAUGUAAAUAUUGCAUGUCCAGCUGGAUUCUGGCCUGCCAAAGAAGAUAAUUAUUAAAAACAUAGAUAUCGCUUGUAUAUUAUGCAGUUGACUGCAUGUACACUUUACAUUUAUUUAUAAUCUCUAUUCUAUAAUUUUAAAAAAGUAUGGUUUUUGUUAACCAAGGCAAUGUAUGUAAUAGUUAAAGAAUCAGGGUCCAACCUGCCAAUGUUGCCACGACAAAUUUGAUCUCAGGCUGAGUAUAUUGAGCUGUCAUUUCCUCACUCUUUUAAGUUAAAAUUAUACAUUAAUGCCAAGGUAGCAGUCAACUUUUUAAACUGCUAGUGCCAUUUUAUGAUCUCUUUCCAUAGGAUAUUUUUCUGUAACUUAGUGUUAGGUUAUUUUCCCCAACAGGCAAUGUUUGCUCCAUUUAAAUGACUGUUUUGUUGCCUCAGUUAGAUAGCAAUGUGGGAUACUGAGAACUUAUUGCUAUGGGGUUUGCGCAUGGACUGCAUUUUCGCUUAACUAUACCUCUCCUUUUUUAACGUUAUACUUAGGUAGUAAUCAUUAACUCUUAUGUAAGGAUUCUCCUUCUCGCUCUGUCUUGGAAAAUAGCCACCAUCUUGUAAGCUUAUUAUCAACCCCCCAAAUACUGAACUAUUAAUAUUGUGUAUAUUAUUAUAGAAAUACUGCACUACAGGGUAAAGGGCCUUUUAAUGACUCAUGUUAGAGAUGGUGAUUUUGGAAAGGUGAUGAAUGUUCUACAUUUGUGUUUUUAAAACUUGCUCAAGGGUGAAGUUGAAAGGCUCUUCGUAAAGAAACA